AUGGGAAGCAUAGCAGCAAUUGAUCCUUUUCAGGAUAUCCCCGAGGGUCGCAAAGAACCCCUCGAGGCCCUGGUUACCAAAUUCCGGGCUGAUACCGAUCCCAAGCGAACCAGUCUGCUGGUGGGCGUGUAUAAGACCGAUGAAGGGAAGGCAUAUGUGCUGCCAAGUGUGAAAGAGGCAAAGAAGAGGAUCUUCAAUGAUCCAGACUGGCAUCAUGAAUAUCGUCCUUCUGCUCAAGGCUCCCAGGCGUAUAGGGACUUGAGUCACAAGUUGCUUUUUGGUGACCACCGUCUAGUACGGGAGAAAAGGAUCGUUUCCACACAAACCCUCGGCGCAAGCGGUGGAUGCCACGUCGGAGCAGCUCUAUUGAAGAACCACUAUGGACCCUGGAAGCAGACUGGCAAUGCAGAGAUCUUCCUCCCAAGCGAGACCUGGUUGAACCAUCCCUACGUAUUCCAGGCUGUAGGAAUCAAGACCAGUCUCCUCCCAUACUUCAGCAGCAAGAAAAACACAUUUGACUUCGAAAGAUAUGCAGACGCCAUCAGAUCCCUACCCGCUCAAUCUGUGGUCCUUCUUCAAUCCGGAGCCCAGAACCCAACUGGCUGUGAUCCCUCACUAGACCAAUGGCGCGAGCUGGCAUCAAUCUUCCUGCAACGAGGCCACCUUGCAUUCUUUGACGCUGCCUAUCCCGGCUUUGCAUCUGGAGACAUCGACGAAGAUCUAGCCAGUGUCCGACUCUUCGCCGAGCAGGAAAUUCCCUUAGUUUUCGCCUCCACCUACGGUAAAUCCUUUGGACUAUACAGUGAGCGAGUUGGAAUUCUCUCAGUUCUAGCUUCCAGCGAGGAAGUCGGGAAGAGAAUCGAAGUGCAGUUGAAACUGCUAGCGCGCGCAGAGACAGGUUCGCCGCCUGAUUUUGGAUCGAAACUUGUUGAGACUGUUCUGGCUGAUGAGGCCUUGGAGCGUCAAUGGCGGGGUGAAGUACGCGAUAUGGCUGAGCGACUCAAGCAUCGGAGACGUGCGCUGAGGGAGGGAUUGGAGAAGUUGGAGACGCCGGGGAGUUGGAAGCAUAUCACUGAGCAGAAUGGGAUGUUUUCAUAUGUUGGAUUGUCUGUGGAACAGGUUACUCUCCUGCGGGAGAAGUAUCAUAUCUAUCUCCAAGACACUGGGAGAAUUUCUAUUGCGUAUGUUGAACACUUUGGGACCUUAGGAAAAUGUUUGAAAAUUGGAGCUAACAUAUGUUUUAGUGGGCUUAACGACUUCAACCUCGAAUAUGUUGUCCAAAGCAUCAGCGCUGUUGUUAAAGCGACAUCUUGA